GGCUCAGGAAGCCGGCUGGCUGAGUCCGGCGCUCAGGAAAACCCCGAGCGGCGCCGCCUUCCAGGCCUGGCCACCCCGGGGUCCCCACUUUCCGCUAGGGCUCCAGCUCGGUGAAUGGACCUGGAACGCACAGGUCACCAUUUGAGGACUUCACAUGUGUUAGCUCAUUUACUCCUCACAACAUUCCCCCCCGGUGGAAUGGAAACUGAGGCACGGAGGGGUUAAGCAGCUUGCUCAAGGUUCAUAACGGCAGGUGCCUUAGGAUCUCCCAAUGGGGUGGCUUGGCUGUGGGCUCAUGUUCCCUGUGAGCUGCCUGAUCCUGGUGUGGGUGGCAGGCUCUGGGAGCGUUAAGGUCCUGCAUCAGCCCACCUGCUCCUCCGACUACAUCAGCACCUCCACCUGUGAGUGGAAGAUGGACGGCCCCACCAACUGCAGCGCCGAGCUCCGUCUGUCCUAUCAACUGUCCGAUGAUCUGCACUCUGAAAACCAAACGUGUGUCACCGAGAACAGGGCAAGCGCCGUGUGUGUGUGUGACAUGCUGAUGGAAGAUGUGGUCUUUUCGGACACCUAUAAGCUGGACCUUUGGGCUGGGAAGCAGCUGCUGUGGAGUGGCUCCUUCAAGCCCAGUGAGCAUGUGAAACCCAGAGCCCCUGAAAACCUCACAGUUCACAGCGACGUCUCCCACAUGUGGCAGCUGACUUGGAGCAACCCAUACCCUUCUGACAGUUUCCUGUACUCCAAACUCUUCUACCUGGUCAACAUUUCAAAUGAGGAUGACCCCACAGAGUUCAUAAUCUUUAAUGUGACCUACGUGGAACCCACCCUUCGCUUCUCAGCCAGGACCCUAAAGUCUGGGGUCUUCUACAGUGCACGGGUGAGGGCCUUGGCUCAGAGCUACAAUAGCACUUGGAGCGAGUGGAGCCAGAGCAUCAGGUGGUUUAACUACUAUGAUUGGCCCUGGGAGCAGCACCUCCCGCUUGCCGUCAGCAUCUCCUGCAUUCUCAUCCUGGUCAUCCUUCUGUCCUGUUAUUUCAGCAUCAUCAGGAUUAAGAAACAGUGGUGGGACCAAAUUCCCAACCCAGCCCACAGCCCCGUCAUGGCUAUUGUCAUCCAGGAGUCUCAGGUGUCACUGUGGGGGAAGCCAUCCCGAGGGCAGGAACCAGCCAAGUGCCCACACUGGAAGACUUGUCUUACUAAGCUCUUGCCCUGUUUUUUGGAGCAUGGCAUAGAAAAGGAUGACAGUUCCUCCAAGGCUGCCAGAAACGGGCCUCUCCAGGGUCCCGGGAAAUCAGCAUGGCCCCCUGUGGAGGUCAGCAAGACUGUCCUCUGGCCAGAAUGCCCCAGCGUGGUGAAGUGUGUGGAGCUGUUUGAGGCCCAGGUGGAGAGUGAGGAGGAGGAAGAAAUGGAGGAAGAUAAAGGGGGCUUUUGCCCGUCACCUGAGAGCAGUGGGUGCAGCUUCCAAGAGGGCAGGGAGGACAUUGCGGCCCGGCUGACAGAGAGUCUGUUCCUGGACCUUCUUGGGGGUGAGAAUGGGGGGUUUUGCCCACAGGGCUUGGGAGAGUCCUGCCUUCUUCCACCUUCAGAAAGCAGAAGCGCUCAGAUGCCCCGGGCAGAGUUCCCAAGUGCAGGGUCCCAGGAGACUUUGUUCCAGGACCAGGAGCAGCCUUUUAACCCAGAGUCAAACCCUCCAGCUGCUCUGAUGCAGAGCCCUGACCGCCUGGCUUUCACAGAGAUGCCCGCUGUUAUCGCAGACAACCCCGCUUACCGCAGCUUCAGCAACUUCCUGAGCCAGUCCUCAGGUUCCGGAGAGCUUGACUCAGACCUACUGCUGGUGGAAUGCCUGGAGGAAGGGGACCCCAACAUCCCCUGUACCCACCAGCUCUCUGAGCCACCCACUGUGCUCCAGCCCAAGCCAGAAACCUGGGAGCAGGUCCUCCGCCAGAGCGUCCUCCAGCACAGGGCAGCUGCAGCCCCCGCCUUGGCCCCAACCAGUGGCUAUCGGGAGUUUGCGCACGCAGUGAAGCAGGGCAGUGCCCAGAGCACAGGGGUGGCAGGCUUCAGCCCUUCUGGAGAAGCUGGGUACAAGGCCUUCUCCAGCCUACUUGCCAGCAGUGCCAUCUCCUCGGAGACAUCUGGGGUUGAGGCCAGCCGUGGGGAGGGGGGCUACCGGCCCUUCCAGAGCCUCUCUUCUGAUUGCCCUGAGGCCCCUGCCCCUGUCCCUUUGUUCACCUUUGGACUGGACAUGGAGCUACCUCAUAGUCCUCAGAACUCAGUUCUCCCAAGCAGCUCCCCAGAGUGCCUCAUUCUGGAGCCAGUGGCAAAGGGAGAGGACAGCCAGAAGCCUCCGCUCUCCCUAGAGCAAGCCACAGACCCCCUCAGGGAUGAUCCGGGCAGUGGCAUUGUCUACUCAGCGCUUACCUGCCACCUAUGUGGCCACCUGAAGCAGUGUCACGGCCAGGAGGAGCGUGGCAAGGCCCAUGUUGUGGCCAGCCCCUGCUGUGGCUGCUGUUGUGGAGAUAGGUCCUCACCCCCGCUGAGCCCCCUGAGGAACUCGAACCCUUUGCCAGAUGGGGUUCCACCGGAGGCCAGCCUCAUUUCAGCCUCCCUGGCACCCAUGGGUAGCUCAGAGGAGGGUAAGCUCUCCCUGUUCUUCCAGCCUGCCCACAGCAAUGCUCAGAACUCAAGCCAGACCCCCAAAGUGCUGGCCAUGCUCUCUACAGGGCCCAUAUGUAUGAGCGCUUCCUAGGUAUGGGCCCACUUGUUGCUGAGGUCUGCAGGUGAGGACUGAGUCUCACCCAUGCCUGCCAUAUGCCACCCCCUGGAAGGCAACCAGGCUGGCACAUUUAGAAAAGACUUGGAGAACCGUGGUAUGAAGUUAUGAUGUUCUCUACACUGGGGCUACAGAGACUGGACCCCCCCGUUCCCAACAUUGACCUGGGCUCAGCACAUCCCAUUGGAGUGGAGUGUGCUGGGCAGCUUGGCUUGUGAAUGAGCCAUUGGCCAUUUUAUCAGUCCACAGCUUCUCCAGCAUACUGUCCCUGUCAUGCCCACCCAAGGCACGUUUUGUGCACGUAGUCACCCUGUUGCCUAUGUCUUGCCCAGUCCUUGGAUUAGUUGCUGCCAUGUCACUGGAUUAGACACUGAGCCUAGAAACCAACCAAGCCAACGGGAAUGCCUUGGGAGGCCUUGGGAAACUGAGGUCCUAAAAGAGUGGUUAUUUGCCCAGAAGUGCCCAUUGAUUCAACAGAGCUUCAUUAUGUUGACACUGGAGACAGGAUCUGGGCUGUGGAGGGAUGCUUAAUAAGCGAGUGAGGAUAAUAGAGAAGCACAUGAAAAAUUGUGGUUACUAAGCAGUGACAAUUUGCUGUCAGGUUCCUACACCACUGUAAGGCUGGGGGCUCCCGUUAAGCAGGAGAUCCCCAGAAAAAGCACAUCCAGCUACCUUGGGUCCUGUCUGUGCCCCCAUGGACACUACUGCUGGCAGCCACAGAGAGACCAGAGCGAGAGGUUCACGCCUGUGACCCGGCUGAGCUGGGCAUUCCAGACGCCGAUGCCGGACGCAUUUAGCCUGCAUGUUGGCCCAGACCUCAGGCUCAGCAAUGCUUGUUUGUGUGCAUGUCAAAGAUUGUUUUAAACCUGGUAUUCGUGUUUGCUGAGGAGGGUGGAAUGGGAGGGGGUGGAGUUUUAUAUAAAUAAAGAUUCUUUAUAUAUA